GGGGUCCCCAUCGGCCCAUCAAGCAGUCUUAGUUAUUGUUGAGAGCAGCGCCGCGUACAACUUGUCGUCGUCGUUGUUGUCGCCCCGAAGCCUCGAUUCUUGCCGUCAAAAUGGUCGCUUUUGCCAGCUCGUGCAGGUUCGCUGCUGCCGUUGUCAGCAGACAUGGCCGUCGCCCUUUCAGUGUCGCUGCGGCCAACCGUGCUGCUCAGAACUUCACCAUGCCUGCUCUCUCGCCGACUAUGACCGAGGGCAACAUCACCAGCUGGAAGCUCAAGGAAGGCGACUCCUUCUCGGCUGGAGAUGUGAUCCUCGAGAUCGAGACCGACAAGGCCCAGAUGGACGUCGAGGCACAGGAGGAUGGUGUCCUUGCAAAGAUCACAGUUGCCGAAGGCUCAAAGGCCAUCCAGGUUGGAUCGCGCAUUGCCGUCCUAGCCGAGGAGGGUGAUGACCUGGCCAGCUUGGAGAUUCCCGCAGAGGACUCUGCCUCAUCGUCCAGCCAACAGCCCGCUCGCAAGGACCGUCCCAGCCCGCAAGAAGAACUCAAGUCCGGUAUCGACCCAACCGAAUCCUCGCCCAGCGCCGCAGAGGCCCCCCCCUCAUCCAAGGCCAACGCCGAUGCUGAGGCCGGUGGUGCCGCUGACACAACGAGAGCUACCCAGCUCCAAGGCAGCUCGGACGCUAAGGCUAGAAAGCAAACAUACCCUCUCUACCCCUCGGUCCAGCACUUGCUUCUUCAGAACGGUCUGACCAAGGACGACGCCCACAAGAUUCCUUCAAGCGGCCCCGCCGGCCGUCUGCUGAAGGGUGAUGUUUUGGCAUACCUGGGCAAGAUUGAGAAGAACUACCCUGGCCAGCAGGCUAAGCGCAUGGACAAGUUGGCACACCUCGACCUCUCCAACAUUCAGCUCGCCGCUCCUCCCAAGAAGGCCGAGACCAAGCCCGUCGAGGCAGAGAAGCCUGCUCCCAUCCCCGACACCGAGAUCGCCCUCCCCAUUUCCCUCUCUGCCGUACUCGAAACACAAAAGCGCGUUUACGACACCCUUGGCAUCAACCUCCCCCUCUCUACCUUUAUCGCUCGUGCUUCCGAGCUCGCAAACGAGAACCUUCCUCUUUCCAAGAACAGAAAGCCCACGGCCGACGAGCUGUUCAACUCUGUUCUUGGUCUUGACAAGGUCUCUUCCAAGACUUCUCGCGGCCACUACGUCCCUCAGGUCACUGGUCUCCCCGUCACGCCUCUACACACCAGCCAACGUGCCGCCAAGAAGGCCGACAUAUUCGACAUUCUCUCCGGAAAGGCCUCAAGCCCCAAGAAGGCUCCCAAGAUGUUCGGUGCCCAGGGUACCGUAGCCCAGAACGUUUUCAGCGUAUCGGCACCCAAGGGUGACGAGAAGAGAGCACAAGAGUACCUUGAGCGCAUGAAGCAAGUCCUCGAGGCAGAGCCCGGCCGUCUUGUUCUCUAAAAUCUUCACUCUCCAUACUCCACUUCUGCUUUUUUCUCACAUAGCGUCAAAGAUAUCUCUGUAGUUUUAUAUUAACUCGAACGGACCGGCAUAGACUUUUUUUCCCUCAUCACAUCUCGAUUUAGUUUCUCCUGCAACUCUAUACAUCACUUGAUUAGGCAAUCAUGAUACGAAGAUGUUCUCAUAGUUGUGGCGGAAGGGAAUUGCCUCUUGUUCUCUGUUUAACUGUGGUUCUGGUGGGGGCACCACCCUGCCCAUACUACUCUCAUCCAGCAGAACAUCAUAAUUAGACGAUACAACCGGCGUGAUUUGCUGUAGGCAGACGACAAGGCUACCAUCUAGUAGAAAGGCUGAUUACAGGUCCGAACCGAAAAGAGCAAUAAUCGAAAACGGUCCUUCCAGAUAUUUAAACCAUGGCUCUCACAGACAAAAAAAGUGAUCCCUUUUUAACGAUUGGGUGGAGUCAGAAGAACCAAGAAU